AUGAGCGCGCAAACGGCGAGGGGCGGCAGCAGACGUCGCACCUGUUCCAACUUCCCCCCCCCUCCUCCUCCUCCCCCUCUCCCUCUAUUCCCCGAGACCGCCAGUGCGUGCUUGCCAUCCCAAGGCGCGUUGCAAGGGGAAACCAGCGCGAAGGAGCCCCCGUCGCCGUUUGCCCGCGACUUCUUUUGCAAACGGACUGUGGCAAGAGGAGCAGGCGAAGCGCUUCUGCUUCUUUCAUUUUGGAGAGGCGCGUCGCAGCCAGUACUAGUCGCUACACGACCGUCGUCCGUCCGCUCCUUCUCCUCCUCCUCCUCCUUCUCCUCUCCUUCUUCCUCUCUCCCUUUCUCUAAAAAAAUACAACCCGUCCGAGCCGCUGUCUGUCCUUACUCGACCCUCUUUCUCUGA